GUUAGUGCAGGAGGCGGCGGCCGCAGCCGGGGCGCUGUCAUGGAGUUAGUGCCUGAAGCGCGGGAACUGGGUUGCUGGGCGGCGGAAGAGAUGGGGGUCCCCGCAGCAGCCCGGGCCCCGGAAUCGACGCUGCACAGGCUGUGUCUGGGCCAAGGGACUGACAUCUGGGCUUACGUCUUGCAGCAUGUGCACAGUCAGAGGACUGUCAAGAAGAUCCGGGGAAACCUCCUCUGGUAUGACCACCAGGACAGUCCAGAGGUCCGUCGGAAGUUGGAGCUGAAAGCCGCUGUGGCCCGCCUACGGGCAGAGAUCCAGGAGUUAGACCAGAGCCUGGAGCUGAUGGACCGAGAGGCUGAGGCUCAGGACGUGGCCAUGGAGCAGACGCUGCAGAGCAUGCGAGACACCAAGUGUCGAGCCCUCCUCCUCCGGGCCCGAGCUGGAGCUAUGAGAAGACAGCAGCACGGUCUCCGAGAUCCCACGCAGCGGCUGCAGAAUCAGCUCAGGCGCCUGCAGGACUUAGAGAGAAAGGCCAAAGUGGAUGUGACCUUUGGACCUCUGGCAGCAUCCCUGGGCCUGGAGCCUGCGAUCCUGCUUGAUGUUCGAACAGCCUGUUCCCUCCGGGCCCAGUUCCUGCAGAACCUCUUGACUCCCCAGGCCAAGGGAGGCAGCAUUCUAACUCCUCACAGUGACCACUUUGGAACCUCCUACCAGCAGUGGCUGAGCUCAGUGGAGACACUGCUGACAAACCACCCCCCGGGCCACAUCCUGGCUGCCCUGGAGCACCUGGCUGCAGAGCGGGAAGCAGAGAUCCGUUCCCUGUGCAGUGGAGAUGGGCUCGGAGAUGUGGAGACAUCCAGGCCCCAGGCCCCAGACCAGUCUGACUCCAGCCAGACCCUGCCAUCCAUGGUGCAGCUCAUCCAGGAGGGCUGGCAGGCCGUGGGUGCGCUGGUCACCCAGAGGGGCACCCUCCUGAAGGAGCAUCAAGUCCUGACCCAGCGCCUCCAGGGCCUGGUAGAGGAGGUGGAGAGACGUGCCCUGGGACCCAGUGAGAGGCAGUCACUGAUGCUGGGGCUCCGGGCCUGUGGCCUAUGGGCAGAGCUCAAGGCCCUGCGUGCACAGAGCCAGGAGCUGGAGGAUGCAGCUGGCCACCGCCAGCUUCUGCUGAGGGAGCUGCAGGCCAAACAGCAGCGGAUCCUACACUGGCGCCAGCUGGUGGAGGAAACACAGGAACAGGUCCGCCUGCUCAUCAAAGGAAACUCAGCCAGCAAGACUCGCCUAAGCCGGAGCCCUGGGGAGGUGCUGGCUCUGCUUCAGCGGAAGGUGGUCCCCACCUCAGAGGCCGUGGCACCACAGAGCCAGGAGCUGCUUCGCAGUCUGGAAGAGGAAGCCCGGCAUCUGCCCCACCUUCCCCUGGGUGCCCUACUGCGGCACAGCCCUGAAGGGUUGAAGCCUCUGCCCACAGUCCUACCGUCCAUCCACCAGCUGCACCCCACAGCCCCGAGGGGUUCCAGCCUCAUAGAGCUGAGUCACAUGCUAGGGCUGCCCGCAGGGAAGGCACCAGAGCUGCUCCUCCCAGCAGCUGCCUCUCUUCGCCAGGACCUUCUGUUCCUCCAGGACCAGCAGAGUCUCCGGUGCUAUGAUCUGCUCCACAUGAAGACGAGCCUGCCGCCAGGACCGUCUACCCAGGAGCUGCUGCAGAUCCAGGCAUCCCAGGAAAAGGAGCAGAAAGAGAGUCUGGGGCAAGCUCUGACGAGGCUGGAGAACCUGCUGAAACAGGCGCUGGAGCGGAUCCCUGAGCUGCAGGGAGUCGUGGGGGACUGGUGGGAGCAGCCAGGCCAAGCCGCUCUCUCUGGCGAGUUCCGCCAGGGCCUGUCUCUAUCCCAGUGGCAGCUGCGCUGGGUCCAGGCCCAAGGAGCCCUGCAGCAGCUAUGCAAAUAAAGAAGAAUCCCAAACGGGA